UCCUUUUAACACACACCAAACCAAACCCAUAUGAAAAGCUGAAUUAGAUAAAUCAAUUAUGAACUCACAUACACUCAUCAGAUUCUCGAAAUCUACUUCAUAUCUGGUCGUAUUCGUCCUUUUCUCACUAUUGCACCAUCUUCCUUGCGCUUCAAGUAAGCAAGAACUUGGGUGGUGUGGAGCUCCGUUUCAGUGUGGGGAAAUAACCGCUGGUUUCCCCUUUUGGGGUGGAAAUCGUCCUGAACACUGUGGCUUUCCACUGUUGGAGCUUCACUGCCCCAAUAAAUUCAGUACCUCUUUGAUCAUCUCAGACCAAGAGUACUAUGUUCUCGAAGUAGAUCAAUCAUCUUACACCGUUACACUUGCCAGAGCAGACCUGCUAGGGCCUCUUUGCGAUGCUAAUUUUAGUACCACAGCCCUGCCUCCUGAUAUCUAUGAGAUUUUGCCAGGCUACAAGGACAUGACAGUUUAUUACCAAUGUGAUCCUAUUCGUUUUAGAAAUCAGAAUUAUACAUGUCCUCCUGAUAAAGGUCUGGUGGUAUUGCUUGAAGAACCUCGGUAUCCUCAGUCUUACUGCAAUAAGAAUUUCACAGUGAACGUUCCAGAGAGUUUCGUUGUUCCGGAUAAUUUUGAUCCGUACUUGUUCAGAAGUGUUAUAAGGGACGGGUUCGAGGUGAAAGUGAAGAUUGAUGAGAUAGCUUGUCAACAAUGUUCGUCUUCUGGUGGAAUAUGCAGCUUCAAUGGUACCGCUCAAGUUUGCUGCAAGACACACUCACCCUCAGGAGUCAUCUGCGAGCCAAAGCGCCAUGAUGAUGAGAUUUACAGACUCUGCAGUACACCGUUUUUAUGUGGCAAUCAGGGCGGUCUCUUGUAUCCUUUCUGGAUUCCUGGCAGAGAAGAAUGUGGCCACCCUGACUUCGAGCUCAACUGUAUCGGAGAAUUCGCAGAGUUUAACAUUUCCUCCGUGAAUUUUAGAAUUUUAGAGGCCAGCUUUGACAGUAGUAUCGUAAGACUUGCCAGAACUGAUUAUAUUGAUAUUGACGAUCUGUGUGUCCACUAUCCUGAAGAUACGCCAUUCAUUGAAGAGAUUCUUCCAUUUGCUUCUAACACCGAGCUGCUUACAAUUUACUAUGACUGCAUUGUAGUUUGCAGUACAAGUUGCAAUUCAAAUUAUUCUUCCAUUUAUGUCGGAAAAUUUGUUUGUGAGGGUUUUUCUGAUGCUGAUCAAGGUUACUAUGUAACGAGAAAUCUCUCGUCCCCUCUCCUUCAAGGGAUUAGAGACCAUUUAUACGACGUGAGAGUAGGUUGCCGUCAAAACAUCAGUAUUCCAGCUUCUGGACCGGCGCUGAUUAGACUGCAAAACAAUAGGACUGUGGAUAAUCUAAAGAAUGCUCUUGCAGAGGGUUUCGAGCUUGGACUUGACCAAGACUGUUCGAGGUGCAGAGACUCUGGGGGUGCAUGUGGAUAUAAUCACAUCACAAGAAGGUUCGUCUGCUAUUGUGGUGAUGGGCAGUGUAACCAUAUGAUGCGCUUCCAGAAACAAGGAAUCUCCUCUGCAGCGAAAAUAGGCUUAGUAGCAGGUGUGGUUCUGUCUAUGUUUCUUGUCUUAGCAUUGGGUCUCCGAAUUCUCCGAAAGAAGAAGAGAAGACCAUCACAUGAUCUACAUCAACGGAACCUCAAGACUCUUAAUCCACUGAAGCAGUAUAGUUUCUCAGAAGUGAAGAGAAUAACAAAAUCAUUCGCCGAAAUGGUUGGGAAAGGCGGAUUUGGAACUGUCUAUAGAGGCACCCUUUCUGAUGGACGUAUCGUCGCAGUGAAGAUUUUAAAAGACUCAAAGAGUAAUGGGGAAGACUUCAUCAAUGAAGUUGCGAGCAUCAGCCAAACUUCUCAUGUCAACAUUGUUACUCUGCUAGGAUUUUGCUCUGAAGGUACCAAAAGAGCAAUUAUUUAUGAAUUUUUAGAGAAUGGAUCUCUUGAUAAGUUCAUCUCAAGCAAGAGGUCGCCAGAUAUGGAUUGGAAGGUGCUAUAUGAGAUUGCAGUAGGCGUUGCUCGUGGUCUGGAGUACUUGCACCAUGGCUGCAGGACAAGGAUUGUACAUUUCGACAUAAAACCGCAGAAUGUACUCUUAGAUGACAAUCUUUGCCCUAAAGUUUCAGACUUCGGGCUUGCUAAGCUCUGUGAGAGGGAAGAAAGCAUGUUGUCACUGCUAGACACAAGAGGAACUAUAGGAUACAUUGCACCCGAAGUGUUUUCAAGAGUGUACGGUCGAGUCUCGCACAAGUCAGAUGUGUAUAGCUACGGAAUGUUGGUUCUUGAGAUGAUAGGAGCAAGGACCAAAACAACAACGGUAGAUAGUUCAUCUAGCACAAGCUCAAUGUACUUUCCUGAAUGGAUAUAUAGGGAUCUUGAGAAAGAAGAAAAUGGAAGGCUUCUUGAAAACGAUAUCAACAGCCAAGAAGAAGAAGAGAUAGCAAAGAAGAUGACAAUGGUGGGUUUGUGGUGUAUUCAGGCUUGGCCAUCAAAUCGUCCACCGAUGAAUAGAGUGAUAGAGAUGAUGGAAGGUAACUUGAAUGCUCUUGAGUUCCCUCCUAGGCCUGCAGGUUCACAAAUUCCAGAAGCGCCUCUUCUGGAAUCUUCUGUGCUCUCAAAUGACAUUUCGAUUUCUGAAGAGUAUGAUCCAUGAAUGUAGCAUAAAGAAAAAAAUGUUUGUAGAACCGUAUUUUUGAUUUAUGU